UGUGUUUGAGUGACGAUAUUAGAUAUGAAGUAGUAUUAAUAAAAAAGUUAGAAUCAAAUUGUUGGUGUGCUGCGAUAGAAAUAAAAGAAAAACUUUAUAAAGGAGUGAUAAUGGUAAUAUAUCACUCACCAAGCGCAUCGCACGGAGAUUUCAUGAGAUUUUUUGAGGAUAUAGUAGAGGAGUUAAUAAUAAAGGGAGAAUACAUGGUAAUAGGAGAUUUUAAUAUAGACCUUAUGGCGGACACGUUUUAUGCGAAGAAAUUACAAGAGACAAUGUUAAGCUUGGGCAUGAAACAGUAUGUGAACGAACCAACGAGAGUUACAAAAGACAGUCAGACAAUUAUAGAUUUAAUUUUUUCUAAUAAUAAUAAAACAGUACAAAUAGUUCAUGAACCUAAGAUUACGGACCAUGCGUGGCUGAAAGUAGAGUUAAGUGUGAGUAAAAAUGAAAGUAAAUACAGGGAAUUUAGCGCUAGAAAUUACAAAGAGUUCGAUGAAGAUGAAUUUGUUAUAUUAGUAAAAAACAGGUUACAGGAAAGUCAGGGAUGGCAAUGCGAAUGUGUAGAUGUGAGUGAGAGAGCGAAAAAAUUUGUUAACAGUAUAGUAGAUGCGUUAGAUGUAAUGGCACCGAAGAAAAAAUUUAGAAUUCCAAAAGUAUGGGAGGGGAAAAAAUGGUUCUCAGAUGAGAUAAGAGAGGCUGCGGAUAGGAGGGAUAGGGCAUAUAGGAAAGCAUUGUAUGACAAUACCGAACAAAAUUGGUCACAGUAUAAAAUUGAAAGAAAUGGAGUAGUAAAAUUAAUCAGGAAAGAAAAGAAAGAAUAUUACGGAAGUAUGAUAGAUCUUAAUAAAAAAAACCCUACGACUAUGUGGAAAAUCUUAAAAGAAGUAAUUAGAGGCGAGCCAGUAGGUAUACAGGAAAUAGGAAAUAUAGAUUUUGAGAUCUUAGGCGAUACCGAAGAGUGCAAUAUAGCCGAUAAAUUUAAUUUAUAUUAUAUACAAAGUAUUAAUAGUAUAGUAAAUUCUAUAAAUGUAGAUAGAUCCGGCAGUGAUAUAAUUGAAUUUUGGAUGAAUAUAAAUAAAAAAACUAUUUAUACUAUCGAGAACAAAGAAAUUAUGGAAAGUUUUGAGGUUGUUACACUAGAGCAGCUAGAAGAAAUUUUUAUGGGAUUACCAAAAAAGAAAGGUACGGAAGAGGGAAUAACUAGUGAUAUAUUGAAGGUAGCUUUUCCUGUAAUAAAAAAAGAAUUUGCGAUUUUAAUAAAUAAUUCUUUAAGAGAAGGUCACUGUCCGGAAGGUUGGAAAACCUCUACUAUAGUACCGAUUCCAAAGAUAGAUAAAGCCAAAAAAGCGAGCGAAUAUAGGCCUAUUAAUAUGUUACCAAUAUAUGAAAAAGUGCUAGAAUUAGUAGUAAAAGAACAACUUGAAACCUAUUUGGAAACAAACGGUAUUAUAACAGAGCAUCAGGCGGGAUUUAGAAAAUAUUAUUCGUGUGAAACAGCGAUUCAAUCUGUCAUAGACGAAUGGAAAUUAAUAGUGAGCGAAGGAAAAAUGGUAGGAGUUAUCUUCAUGGAUCUUAAGAGAGCAUUUGAAACAAUAGAUAGAGAAAGAUUGUUAGAAAAAAUGUAUCAAUACGGAAUUAGAGGAAUGACCCUAGAGUGGUUCAAAUCAUACUUAAAUAAUAGGAAACAACAGGUUCGAUCCAAUCAGAUAUGGUCUAAAUUAUUGCCUACAGAAUAUGGAGUGCCUCAAGGUUCAGUACUGGGACCUUUGCUAUUUAUAGUAUAUUAUAUAUAAAUGAUAUAAUUGAAGUAUGUCCAGAAGGGUGCAAUAUAAAAAUGUUUGCAGAUGACAUGCUUAUAUAUGUAAGUGGAGAAAGUAGUGCGGAUGUAGAGGUAAAAAUGAAUAUGGCUUUUAAUGUAAUCGAACAUUGGAUGAAUAUAAAUAAGUUAAAAAUGAACGCAGAUAAAACAAAAUAUAUGAUAGUUAGAAGUAUUAGAAAAGAAUUAAGAGGUAAGACUGUCGUGAGGUGUCUGAAUGGAAUUGAGAUAGAACGAGUAUCAACCAUGAAAUAUUUAGGUAUAAUGCUAGACGAUAGACUUAGAUUUCAAGACCACUGCGAUUAUAUACUUAAGAAAAUAAGGAAAAAGACUAGCUUUUUAAAUAGAAUAGGUAACUUCGUAUCAGCAUAUACUAGAUGUAUCGUGUACAAGUCCAUCAUAGCACCUCAUUUCGAGUACUGUGCCACUCUAUUAGUUGGGAUGGGUGAAACGCAAUUGAAUAAACUUCAGAUAGCUCAAAACCGUGCCAUGAGAGUAAUUUUACAGUGCAAUAGAUAUACCAAAAUUGAACACAUGCUACACGCCUUACAGUUCAUGUCUGUAAGGCAACGGUUAUAUUAUAACGUUAGUGUAUUUAUCUUUAAAAUAUUAAAUGGCAUGGCUUCGGAGGCGUUAAACAAUAAAAUAGAGAUAGUGGGAGGAGAAUGCGAUAGACAAACGAGGCAGACAGGAAACUUAGCAGUAACUUUCCGUAGAACUAGAAGUGCUCAAAAAAGCCUUUUUUAUGAAGGUAUAAAAAUGUAUAAUUCGUUACCCACUGUGAUUAAGCAAUGCAGCGAAUUAGUAGCGUUUAAGAGACUGUUAAAAGAGUAUAUAUUAGGUAAUAUUAAUAUAUAAUUAUAAUAAUUGUGUACAAGAAAUAGCUGUGAAAGCUAAAUAAAGUCUAUCAAUCAAUC